AUGUAUGGGAAUACCAUACACAAGAAUAAUGGAUACGACCCCGGUAGCUAUACAUACUACCCCAUUGCCAUUAUUGGUGCUGGGGAGAGUGGCAUUGCUAUGGGCUGUCGUUUAAAGGAAGCCCUCGGCUUUGAUCAAUUUCGUAUCUUCGACCGGCAAGCAGGAAUCGGAGGAACGUGGUGGAUAAAUAGAUACCCAGGGGUGGCCUGUGAUGUUCCCGCCAUCUUCUACUCUUUCUCCUUCUGCCCAAAUCCAAAAUGGACGACCUUCCAUCCGCCUGGCCCAGAAAUCGUCAAGUAUUUGCAUGGCGUCUGCGACAAAUACCGGAUAAUGGACAAAAUACAGCUCAACACAGAUGUCAGGGAAUGCCAAUGGCUUGAAGAGGAGCAGGUAUGGGAAGUCAAACUGCAACAUUUAAUGACCGGAGUCGGCGAUCUCAGCGAGUACGAACGCUCUCAGAAGAUCCAAGAGCAUGGACGGGAAUUCGUCUACGUGUCCGAGGAGACGAUCAGGGCAAAAGUGCUCAUAAGUAGUGUUGGCGGUUUGGUGGAGCCAAAGGUCUGGCCCGAAGAGAUUCCUGGCAAGGACAAGUUCCAGGGCCGAAUAUUCCACUCAGCGAGAUGGGAUUAUAAGGUUGACCUCAGGGACAAAGACAUUAUUGUAGUUGGGACGGGAUGCAGUGCUGCUCAAUUCGUGCCAAAAUUGACGAAGGAGUAUGGAGCGAAGUCUGUCACUCAAUUGAUGAGAUCACCCCCGUGGGUCGUCCCACGACAAGUUCCCCUAUUUGGAGAAAAGGGCUGGGAAAAGUGGUCACCAUGGCUCUGUUCAAAUGUUCCAGGCUUUGCGAAGGUGAUCCGACUUUUGAUUGCAGCUGGCCUUGAGUACGAUUGGAGGCUGUUUGGCUCGGAAGACUACCAUGCCAAGGAGAGAAAGAAGGUCGAAGACCAGCUGCUGGCUCACAUGAAGAGGACUGUGCCUAAAAAGUAUCAUCAGAUCCUCCAACCCGAUUAUGGCGUUGGAUGCAAGCGACGAGUCUUAGAUGCUACCUGGUUUCUUGGCCUGAACGACCCCGCAAUCGAACUCACAACACUACCCUUGACCAGCAUCGGAGAUAAUACAGUCACUCUCGGACCAGGGCGAACUUACCCAGACCCAGCUGACACCACAAGCUCCGCCCCUUCUCACGAAAUGACACUUCCCGCCGAUGUUAUCAUUCUCGCGAACGGCUUUCAAACCACAAAGUGGCUGCAUCCACUUGACAUUACUGGACGAGGUGGCAAGAAGCUACACGAUGUAUUUGAGGAAAGAGGGGGCCCUCAGAUGUAUAUGGGCAUGGCGCUAGAUGGAUUUCCCAAUUUCUUCACCAUCUUUGGUCCCAACACCGCAACGGGCCAUUCAUCCGUUAUCAUGGCCUCUGAGAAUAUGGUCAACAUGGCCUUGAAAUUUAUCAAGCCUAUGAUUAAAGGAGAUGUUGCACUUACAGAAAUCAAGAAAGAGGCCGAGAUUGAAUGGGCAAGGGAUACUCAGAGUGCACUGAGGAAGCGUGUUUGGAAUACGGGAGGCUGUCGAUCUUGGUAUCAGACGGAAGAAGGGUGGAAUUCCACUGUCUAUCCCUACUCUCAAAUCUGGUUUGCUCUCCAUUGCAUGUUUCCCACCUGGAGUGAUUGGGACAUAACAUAUACAAGGAAAGGACAGGCCAAGAAGUACGCAAUGAAAGUGCUGAAUACAGUUGCUCUGGUUGCGCUGAUAGUUGGUGGAGUUAAGCUCAGGCGAAUGCUGCAGGGCAGAAGCCUGAUAGCUCUUUUGAAGACAUAUAUUAGGGUGACGUUCAUGGCGGGAGCUGGACUGUUGCAAACUGCUGCAAGUAGAGUAGAGUAA